AGAAAAUCGGUGUUUUUGAAUAUCACAUGUACACAAAAACCGUACUUGUGAUUUCAGGUCCCGCAUAUGAUUUCAGACCAAAUUGCACUCCACUCAGUUCAAUUACCAUUAUUUACCAAUUGCUCUCUUGAUCUUAUAUUAAUAUCGUCCAUUUCUUAUUUAGAGACAUAAGUCACUUGAGAAAGAAACCUUGCUUUGGCUAAUGCAUUUCAUCUCGGCCGAUUUUAUCCCUGGAUCGUAAUGUUUUUUGUAGGUUUUUUUUUGUUUUCUUUUAGUUUUUCUCAUUUUUUCCUUUUUCGUUAUUAUUGAAGUUUAGGUGUAGUAGUUAGGUAAGAAUUACAGUCCAUCGCUCCCGGAAGUGCUAUCCUAACCAGCAAUAAAUUUUUAAAGCCUAACAGGUAUUCAGUUUCAAGGUUCACUUUCAAGCUCUUGAUAUGUGACUCCGAUAGACUGAAAAAUCCCAGUGUAAAACAGAUGGCUGUCCAAUACCACUGCGAAUGCGCGGGAGCAAAGAUGAGGAAGAAACUUCCACAGAUACGGCCAAGAAUACAGCAGUAACACGAAAUUACACGGACCAAAAUUGUGUAAAUGGAAGAAAAUUAUUUAAUGCCAAGUGUAUUAUAAUAAGUGCGUAUUUUGUCUUCCUGUUAUGGAGAUUUAUUAGUUUAGGUCUUUACUCUGUGUACGCAACAGAUUGUUUCUUACGAGCAAAGCUUGCCACGUUGAGAUGUGAGAAUUUCACUCUAUAUUCAAACCCUACGAGGUUCGAAGUAGCAUGGCAGAUGAGUUCGGCCGUGAAUAACUUCAUCGCAGUUGGGAUUUUGUUUAAACUACCGGAGUUUCCUGGUCUGAAUGUUGUGUGCACUCGUCUCAUUAAACUGGCUCGAUUUUGGUCCUUUAUUUUCCAGCUGGUCGUGGUCAUCUCCUACAAUCUUAUGCUGUUCUUCCACGAACAUUUAGUGGAGAGUGCCAUGAUAGAGGUUGGCUUUAUCGUUGAUGAAAUAACCGUUACGAUUGUGGUUUGCUUGUGGAAUUUCGUACCUGCGCCAAGCAACAGGUCGCAAGGCCUAUCCUGCCUCCAGGUCGCCUAUAACUUGACACUUGUCAUGCUAUUUUUAGAGAAUUUUUUUCUGUUUCUGCUGAUGUCUUCGCAAGCAGCACUAGACAUUACGGGAAUCCAUGAAUUUGAAACUCGUUCGAAAGGAUUGCAGGCACUGGGGAUUGUAUUCAACGCAACUGAGGCAACAUUUUAUUUUGCUGUAAUGAAAUUUAUGUGGAACAAGUUGUUUGAAGGCGAAGCUGAGAACCUGCUGAAGAAGGACACCAUUUGAACAAGUGUUGCACAAUAUAUUUGUACCAGUGUGAAAAAAAUGGUAUCGAAAAUUUCCAAAAAGCGGUUGAAUAUUUAAGUAUAAUUGAAAACCAGUAAUAUAAGCCAGGCAAAAUGGGAAACAGGAGAAAUGUUGAAAACCACAUAUGAUCGAGAACAAACAGUUUUUAUUGACCUAUGUUUAGUUUUGAGAUGAUUGAGUCCCGUCACUAGGUAGCCCAUAUCCUGGCUAUAAAGACGACAUCCGGUAAUCAUUCGAGGAAUCCUAAAGAGAAUUUAACUUUAUUAUAUAGACACUAAUGAAAUACCCAGGAUUUCUCCUUUUACUAAAAAAUCAUAUCUUCACCGCGCGCAGUGAAGAUACUAUUUUUAUCUUUCA